AAACAAAUGAAUAUGAAACACAUGAUUCAUUCAUUCUAAUUCAUUUUUAGUUAUUCACAAAAAAAAUCACACAAAUUUUUAGUUUGAAAGUUAUGAGAACAAAAUUAGUGAAUAUAAUUGAACAUGGAAUCUUUACAAAAACAGUCAGGUGUGAUAUCCCGGAACAAAAUGAUGGAAAUGAUCAGAGCAGGUUUGAAAGAUCUGGGAAAUGAAGAACAAAAAGUAAGUCCUGCUGAUUUGCUUAAAUACAUUAAGCAUAACCACAAUUUACCUCUGGCUAGAACUUUGCCUAGAUUUGUAGAAGCGUUAGAAUUAGCUAAAAAAAGAGGCUUAGUAUGGCAGGCAAGUAACAACAAAUAUAUUUUAAGCCCUGAGCCUACCAGCAUGUGCAAUUCAUGUGGUGGUAAGAAAAAGAUGAAGAAAUCCUCCUGUAGGCCGAUGAGAAGCAAACAAACAAAAAAAAGUAUUAAAAGAAGGCAGAGUAGAGAGAGAAGAAAGGAAUCUCUUUCUCAUAGAAGGAAGGCUUUACAGAGCAGAACAAGGUGUAAGUCAAAAAGGGAAAGUCACCGCCACAAAUCCCAUAAAUCCAGCAGGAGAAGUAGGUCGACUGAAAAAAAGAGGAUGCAUUCAGCAAAAAGAUCAAGAUCUCAAAGGCACACUAGGUCUCAAAGGGCAUCAAAACAAAGACACCAAAGAGGUUCUCGUAGUUCAAGAAGGGAGUGUAGACGCCCAAGAUCUUCCAAGAAGUUAAGUAGAAGCAGCAAAUCGAAAAGUGCCAAACAUCAAACACGUUCCAAGUCAAGGAGGGAUCUGUCAAAGGUCAAAAUGUGCCCAGAAAAUGUAGGCACUGUUGAAACGAGUAUGCAAGAAGUGCCUAAUGUUUAAAACUGUCACCUGUCUUAUCAGUUAUGUAUUCACUUUCGUUAUGCAAUAAAUGUUGUGUUAUGUAAAAAUGUACUAACAUUGGCAUUUUU